CUUUGCCCUUUCCCAAGAUGGCGGGCCGGCGGUUCCUCAGGGCCGUCAGGUGGUGAGGGCUGAAAGGCGGCGGCGGCGGCGGCGGUUUCUCCUCAGUCCCGGAAAGAUGGCCGAGAGCGAGCGGCAGCCGGAAGCCUUGGAGGAGACGCAGCCUCCUCCGUCCCAACCCCCGUUCAUGAUCCCCAAGAAGGAAAUCAACAUGGUUCCCGACAUGGCCAAGUGGAAGCGCUCUCAGGCAUAUGCUGACUACAUUGGCUUCAUCCUCACCUUGAACGAAAGCAUCAAGGGAAAGAAGUUGACCUGCGAAUAUAAAGUCUCGGAGCCCAUCGAAAAGCUCGUCGCGCUCCUCAACACACUGGAUCGGUGGAUCGAUGAGACGCCCCCCAUGGAUCAGCCUUCUCGCUUUGGGAACAAAGCUUUCCGGACGUGGUACGGAAAACUGGACCAGGGGGCGGAGUCCUUGGUGGCAACGGUCAUCCCCAAACAGCAAGCGGACGCCGUUCCCGAGGUGGCUGUGUACUUGAAAGAGUCUGUUGGCAAUUCGACUCGCAUCGACUAUGGCACAGGCCACGAAGCGGCCUUCGCUGCCUUCCUUUGCUGCCUUUGCAAAACCGGCGUCCUCCGGCUGGACGAUCAGCUGGCCAUUGUCUUCAAAGUGUUCAACAGGUACUUGGAGGUGAUGCGGAAACUCCAGAAAACCUACCGGAUGGAGCCAGCUGGCAGCCAAGGGGUCUGGGGUCUGGAUGACUUUCAGUUCCUCCCCUUCAUCUGGGGAAGCUCUCAAUUGAUUGAUCACCCCAACGUGGAACCUCGGCACUUUGUGGAUGAGAGGGUGGUGAACGAGCACCAUAAGGACUACAUGUUCCUCGAAUGCAUCCGCUUCAUCACAGAGAUGAAGACGGGGCCCUUCCCUGAGCACUCCAACCAGCUGUGGAACAUCAGUGCCGUCCCUUCGUGGUCCAAAGUCAACCAGGGGCUCAUCCGGAUGUACAAAGCCGAGUGCCUGGAGAAGUUCCCCGUCAUUCAGCACUUCAAAUUCGGCAGCCUGCUUCCUAUCCAGCCUGUCACACCUUAAAGGAGCUCUGUUGGUGAUGGGACCGAGGGGGGGGGGGAGCCCUGGAGAACGGCAGGAGAGGGGGAGGGCUCUUCUUCCGAGUAACCCCCAAACCCCGCCAGCCCCGAUGCUCCUUCCUUUCGGCAGGAGCCUGGCAGGGCACAACUGACCAAGAAGACCCUGGCAUUCGCACACACACACACAAACCCCAAAAAAUGAAAAAAGGGCAAGAGGUGGACUUGACUCAGGCCAUGCAAUGGUCCCCCCCCUCUUCUGCACCCCUUUUUUUCAUUUGCCCCAGGAUGGUUGGUGCUCUUGAGGCGGGGGGGGGGGGGCAGUUUGCUUCUCUGAGCUGUGCUGUAUAUUUUGUUGGGGAAAUACACAAGCGUUAAAACUUCAGAGUCAAGC